UUCGUCGUCCACAAUUAUUAAUACGACACAUAUAUAAAUACACAGCACCCCACUCCAUCUUCAAAGCUCAAACCCCACUUCCCUUCUCUCUAUUCUCAGCUAGCUGGCUGCAAGUAAAAACCUCUCUCACUGAAGCCCUACUUCUUCAGGUACGUAGACUUACCGGAAGUUCCAAUGGGAUACGGUCGUCUCCAACCCUCCGAUCCUGGAGGUUCUUCAAGCUACAUGGGCGACCAAUCCCCACCACCGCAAUAUCACCCGCCCCCUCGUAAGAGCAAGAAGAAGCUCAUCAUAUUCUCCAUUCUCUCCAUCACUCUUAUCGUCGCUGCCGUGGUCUCCGCCGUGCUUCUCAUCGCAGUCCGAUCCAAGCCCUCGUCGCCGUCGAGCGCCUCGCUCCUCCACCGUAAGCCGACGCAGGCCAUCUCCGACGCCUGCUCCAAGACUCGCUUCCCUUCUCUCUGCGUCAACUCCCUCCUCGACUUCCCGGGAUCGCUGAACGCGACGGAGUCCGACCUCGUCCACAUUUCCUUCAACAUGACGCUGCAGCAUCUCAACAAAGCUCUCUACCUUUCCUCGGGGCUCUCCUAUCUCCAGAUGGACCCCCGAGCCAAGUUCGCCUACCAAGACUGCCUCGAGCUCCUAGACGACAGUGUGGACGCGCUCACCCGCGCGCUCACUACCGUCGCGCCCGGGCGCGACGGUAGUGCCGGGUCCAACCAGGACGUGCUCACUUGGCUGAGCUCGGCGCUGACGAAUCAAGACACGUGCGGGGAGGGGCUCGCCGACGUGAGCGGCGCGGUGAAACAGGAGCUGGGCCAGAAGCUCAAGGACUUGUCGGAGCUGGUGAGUAACUGCCUGGCGAUAUUCACGGCGACGAGUAGUAAUGAUUUCUCGGGAGUGCCGAUUCAGAACAGAAGAUUACUGAUGGAGCGUGAUAUUAUGGGAGGAGAUAAUGCCGAUAUCUCCCGGGAUUUCCCCACAUGGUUAGGCAAUAAGGAGAGGAGGCUGCUGGCGUUGCCGGUGCCGCAGAUACAGGCCGAUAUAAUCGUCUCCAAGGACGGCAACGGAACCUACAAGACGAUCGCCGAGGCGAUCAAGAAGGCACCGGAGCAUAGUUCUCGCCGUAUAAUUAUUUACGUCAGGGCAGGAAGGUACGAAGAAGAUAAUUUGAAGGUGGGAAGGAAGAAGACGAACUUGAUGUUCAUUGGAGACGGCAGAGGCAAAACCGUGAUCACCGGUGGUAAAAAUGUUGGCCAAAACUUAACCACAUUCCACACUGCAUCAUUCGCGGCUACCGGAGCAGGCUUCAUUGCACGGGACAUAACGUUUGAGAACUACGCCGGCCCGGGGAAGCACCAAGCCGUCGCCCUCCGUGUCGGGGCGGAUCACGCCGUAGUCUACCGGUGCAACAUUAUCGGAUAUCAAGACACAUUUUACGUGCACUCGAACCGGCAAUUCAUACGUGAAUGCGCUAUAUAUGGGACAGUGGACUUCAUAUUUGGCAAUGCGGCCGUGGUGUUCCAAAAUUGCACUCUCUUUGCCCGCAAGCCAAUGCCCAUGCAAAAAAAUACCAUCACGGCUCAAAAUAGAAAAGACCCGAAUCAGAACACCGGGAUGUCGAUACAUGCUUGUCGGAUCCUUGCCACGCCGGAUCUUGAGCCCGUAAAGGGUAGCUAUCCUACGUAUUUGGGACGCCCUUGGAAAAUGUACUCUAGGGUUGUGUACAUGUUAUCGUACAUUGGGGAUCAUGUAGAGCCUCGUGGAUGGCUCGAGUGGAAUACCACUUUCGCUCUAGACACUCUCUACUACGGCGAGUACAUGAACUACGGACCGGGUGGGGCGGUAGGCCAACGUGUAAAAUGGCCUGGUUAUCGGGUCAUCACGUCCAUCGUUGAGGCCACCAAGUUCACCGUGUCGGAGUUUAUAUAUGGCUCAUCAUGGUUACCCUCCACCGGAGUGGCAUUCUUGGGUGGCCUUGCCGUCUAAAUUCCGAACUAUUCUCUACUUACUUUGUCCCAUAUCCGUAAUUAGGUGAAGGUUACAUUUUAUUGCUAAGCUGUAAGAAUAUAGUAUUUUUACCGUGUUCUAUUUUUUGACAAUAUAUAAAAAUAAGUCGCAUUGUAUUCCCUUUCUGUUCGUUGAACUCAAAUACCCAACGAGUCAAUGAUGUAGAAGCUAUACAAAGUAUGAAUUUAGCUUUGUCCCGUAAACUAAUAAUGUAUGGAUCAUGAUCAGUUGAAGAAAACUAUGUGGAGCUUGUUGUCAACUUCAAA